CUCACUGAGCCGGGCGGCCCUGGGCAGUCACUCAGCUGCUGGUCUCGUUGUCGCGGUGCCCUGCUACGGCGCGGCGCUGCUUAGCUGAUCCCACCGGGCGCGGCGCAGGCUCCACGGAGCUUUGUGUCCGCACUAUGGGAGCGAACCGGGCUCCGGCUGCCAUGGGGGCAGGCCGGUGCGGGGGUUGGGCUUAAGGCGUCGGGAAGGCAGAGGGCGGGGGGGUUGUGUGCUCUCCGAGGGGACGAGUAGGCAGUGGCGGCAGGGAGAGAAGAUCUGGUCGGGCGUCUGCAGCCAUCGGCACCCGAGUUCCCCUCCGCCUAUCCGGCCGCGCCACAGAAUCUGCGGGCGUGAACACCAUGGCCAGCGAGAUCGACAACUUGAACAGCCACGAAGCGCUGACGGUAUGCGAGGCGUUGGGGCGCUAUGAAGACACGCUGCGGGGCGCUGUCCGGGAGAUCCACGUGGACAUUCAGGUGUUCAAGCAAGGCGUGAGCCGGCAGGUGGAUGAGGUGCUGCGCAUCGCUAGCCCCCUGGCACGCACAGUCUCAGAGCUGCAGCUGGAGAACCAGCGCCUGCGGGUGCAGCUGGAGCGUCUGGCUCGGCAGGUGGAGGCCCUGAGCCGGUCGGCGGGGCUGCCGCAAGAGUGGCAGGAUGAGGCAGAGAGGAGCCCUCCAGCUGUGGAACCCAGCUCUCCAGUGCCGGCUUUUUCCGGAGACAGGUUCUCCACCCUUGCGAAGCUAGCCGUGUCUGGUCGGAGCCAAAGUGUAGACCUGGAUGACCACCACAAACCUGAGUUUAGAAGAGUUUUUAGUUCUUCCAUCAUUGAAAAUGGGCAUCAGUCUUCAUCAGGUCAGACAAAAGUCUCCCAUGAGCUGACCUCUUCUUACAUGUCAGACUCUUCCCCUGAGGCCCAUGCUCCUGCAAUGACCUUACAGAUGCCCCACCUUCCUGUUACUGCAGUAACCAGAAUAUCAGAGAAGUUUUCAGGAGAAAGCGUCCAUUCAGCAGGAACAACUAACGCAUCCACUUGCCUGCUCAGACAAAACCAGAGCAAAAAUGAGAUGGCACUGAAAACUUCCAACCAGUCAGUGAAUGCCACAUCUGUCACUAAGCCUGUCUCUACUGGAAGCUAUGAGGCGAGCAGUGGAAACAAAACUGGUGAAAGUGCAACUGACAGUUACUGUGAUGUGACACCCAAGCCUCACUCCUCUCCUCCUACUAUACAUCGCCAAGUUGAAAGGAGGCGAGAACUGGUGCGGUCUCAGACGCUUCCACGAACUACAGGAACACAGUCCAGGAAAGCACUUUUUGAGAAAUUUGAGCAAGAGAGUGGAAAAGGAAAAGGACAAUCCAGAGCUAAACUGAAGAGAUCACAGAGUUUUGGUGUUGCCAGCGCUAGCAGCAUUAAACAAAUUUUAUUAGACUGGUGUCGCUCAAAAACCAUAGGAUACAAGCACAUUGAUCUCCAGAACUUCUCCUCAAGCUGGAACGAUGGGAUGGCAUUCUGUGCUCUUGUACAUUCUUUCUUUCCUGAAACUUUUGAUUAUAAUAAGCUUGAUCCAGCUAACCGCAAGCAGAACUUUGAGCUGGCUUUCACCAUGGCUGAGAAAAUGGCUCACUGCGAUCGUCUGAUAGAAGUGGAUGACAUGAUGAUGAUGGGCCACAAGCCAGAUCCCAUGUGUGUCUUCACCUAUGUCCAAUCUCUGUACAAUCAUCUACGACGCUUUGAAUAAAACCAUCACCACCUCUCCAGCCAGACGGGUCAAGUAUAGUAUUCUAAUAGGAAGACUGAUAUUUUGCAAAUAGAACACUGUUAGUUCCUGCAAGCAUGUGGACAGUAAAAAGCAUUCAAUUGUAUUUGCUGACUGAAGUGUUGCUGAGCAGUGCUUAUGUACUUUUGGUGCUAAUAGUAGGUUGAAUUUUUAAUAUUCUUUUAAAGAUUACAGGAAGCUAAAUUUUAGGUCCUGACUCUGUCAGAAUCAUGGAAUGGCUUGGGUUGGAAGGGACCUUAAAGAUCGUCUAGUUCUAGCCCCACUGCUGUGGGCAGAGUGGCCACUCACUAGAUCAGGUUGCACAAAGCUCCAUCCAGCCUGGUCUUGGAUGCUUCCAGGAAUGGGGCAUCCACAACUUAUCUGGGCAACCUGUUCCAGUACCUUGCCAUCUUCAUAGUAAUUUCUGCCUAAUAUCUAAUCUAAAUCUCUAUCCUCUUUCAGUUUAAAGCUGUUACUCCUUGUCCUGUUGCUACAUUACUGGGCUAGAGACAGUUUCAUAUGCUGACAAGUAAUUCUGCUAUGAAGAUGUUCCCUCCUAAAAAUACAAGUAAAACUCUAGGAUACAGCAACUUCACUUCCACUUCUUUGCUCAGCAUGCCACAAAAGUAAUAGCAGACAGACAAGAAAAAUCCUGUUUAGCAAAUUUAGCAAUAUUACCCCUCCACCGUCCCCAUCCCAAUUCAGCAAACAUGUGUGCGCGCACACACACACACACGUUAAAUAGGCACAGUUCUAAACUCUGGAGAGCAAUGGUCCAGCGUAGACAGGAAUGAAGCCUUUACAACUUGUUCAGUCCUCAUGUUGUCUCUAAUGUGGCCAGGCAGUGUUCCAAAAGAAGUGUAAAAGAUGUGGGAAUUCUAAAAUGCCUUGGGCUGGUAUCUGGUUUCAAUUACAUUAAUGUUAAAUCAACAAUGUCUCCAUUACCUACAGUGGGUUUACACCAGAAUUGCUGGACAAAAAGUUCGUGUUUUAUCUUUUCUGAUUUUCUGUUUGCUAAAUCAACACAGCUUUGUUUUCACAUUGAACACUGAAAACAAAAACACUAAACAAGCACAUCUUUUUUUCUAGAGCCUUUUAACUUAUUUCUUUCCUAAGAAUAGUCUAUAUAAAGUAGGCACUGCCAGCCACGAGCCCUCUACUCGUGCUAGAGAAUGGGUUUUUAACCUGUAUUUAUUUGUGCUCUUUGUAGAUAGUUAUAAAGGUGUCUUUGGCUCUGUGUUGAUGACCAUUUAUAAUAAAAUAUAUUAAGUGUUCUUUAGAAUUACUGUUUCUCUAUUGAAGGAUUUUAUUUCAUCCUUCCUUUCUAGUGAAGUUUACUUAAGAAACCAUGAAAGAAGCAACCACUUUAUUAGCUGUCUGAAAAGAAAAAAAGCAUGCCAAGGUAGAGUAUAAGCUAACUGCUGAAGAGCUGGAUCACCCAGAUCUCUUUGAAGUGUUUCUAGCCUGUUUCUAUAACACGUUGGAAACAGCUUGAAAGAUUGUUUUAAAUGCACAUCUUAAUAUGUAUCUGAAAGAUAUUUGAUCAAACUAGCAGUAAUCCCAGUUACUGCUAAUACAGGUUUAGUGCAAGUAGACGGAGGUCAGGCAGGUCGUUUGUAAUGUGUCUGCCAUUGUCUUCAGUUUUUAACUUUUUUUUUUAAUGACCAUAGUUCUGAUGAAUAAAUGUGUAUCUGUUGUUCCAACAAACGCUCUGUAAAAAUGAACAAACUGUAGUUGUUUUUUGGAGAAGUGAUCAAAUUAGGCACAAUGAGAAAUCAGUGUGCAGUAGGCAUGUGAUGUGCAUAUUUCCAUUCUUAUAUCAGAAUACUUUUCAUUGACUAGCAGAGCCAAGUUCCACUGCAGCUACAACAUGAGAGGCAGUCGCAGCUUUAUACAUUUAAUUUGUUCACAGUCCCGGGUCAUGAAUGAUUUUCCUGUGUGAUCUGAGCGCUAAAGACACAGGUAAGUGCUUGGCCAAUUUUGGCCUUGUAGCAAAUAAUUAUAAAAAAGGAAAUUCUAGGCAGUAGAAGUUUUGCCAAUUCACUAAGAGGAAUUAACAUUUUUGCUACAAUUUAGCUUGCUCACAUCUACCUAAAAGCUAUUUGCACAGUUUCCAAAAUUCCUCCCACUUUAAAGAGAUAAUCAUAAAGAUAUCUUGCCAGCUGGAGAGUAGAAGACUAUAAGCUGUUUUUAAUUCCUGAUGGUUUGUAUAUAAGGACAUGAUAGAGAUGGUAUUAUCAGAUAGUUUUAGAAAAGUACAGUGCAUUAAAGUGCAUUAAGAGAAUGCCUGAUCCAUAAUGGAUGAGAUUGUAUGAUUAAAUUAAAUAAUGUAUGUAAAGUAUGCCCCAAUGUUUUUUUAGUGUUUUUAGUUAAAAAUAAUACAGUGUGUAUGAAUAUGAUGGUAAAUGUAUUUAACAUGAAUGAUAAAAAGGAGAACAAUAUAUUAAGUCAGGAUAUUGUAUUUUACACGGAUAGAGUGUGUCUUGGAUUUUUUUUUUUAUGCAGUUUCUGCACAGUAUCUAAAAUUCGGUACUAUCUCAGGUAGUUUAUUGGCAUCUUUAUCCUACUUUUAAAGGAUAGAUCAAUUUGUUCUGUGUCAGAUUUUCAAAAUAAUCCUAGCAGAGCCAUUACCUACUGUUUAGGUGAUGAUAUUUUUUUCUUAUAGCUGAUAAAACUUUCACAACCCAAACACUUCCAGCUUCUAAACACGCUUUUUUCUCUUUAGUCAGUGGUUUUGUUUACAAGCCAUUUCUGAGCAGUUUUGCCUUAGAACAUAGCACUGACAUAAACUACGUGCUUAAUCUACAGGAGCUUCGAGUAAUUCUGUUCUCAAAAAGCAAUGCAAGUGACUCUCCAUCUUACUGUACUAACCAUAUAUGAAAUUAAUGACAAAGACAAAAGUGUCUUCAGUGUUAAAGGUGCACACUGAAAUCUAAGUAAUGCAAGCAUUUUCAUAGGCCAUAGUUCACUGCCACUGUCUAUUUGAUUUUCACUUUUGAAAAAGUGUUUCCAUAGGUGACUUUCAAGUAGUCAAAUCUACUGACCCAUCAUGAGGGCACUGCAUCUGCUACAAAUAGUUAUUAUUACAGUAACAUUAAAAGGGUAGCCCAAGCAAGUCCAAGAAAUCUGUCCCAAACUGUCACUGGCAGAGAUUUUAGACUUGUUGAGAGUCUACAGUGUCUCUGCCUCUAAAAAUCCUGGCUUCUGACAAGGUCUUGUCAACAUAAAUUAAAUGGCAACUGCCAUUAAAUCAGAAUUCAUAACAUAAGACAGAAAGUGAUAGAAGGGGAGGAAAUAUUCUAUGAACCUAAAAGAUUCUUGUUUUAUUGAGCAACGCAGCAAGAAAGUUCUGAUUAGCCUACACAUUCUGGACUGAGAGAGGAAAUACAGAUAACGUUCCCACUUCCUCUUUAUCUGCAUUCUGGUUUUGAUGCUGUCCAAUGGAGCACUGCCACGAAUGCUGACUGUGCAAGCAGCAGCACCAAAUGCAGCAGUGAUAACUGGGAUCAUCAUCUGAUCAAGCAUGGAUGGAAGUAGGGAGGGGACUGGGAUAAGGCCCUAGGGAAGAAUAUUUGCGAACUUAAACUUUUUAGGGAAAAAAAUGUUCACUUUGAGAGCUUUUCCUCACUUCUAGUUUGUUAGUGUUACCUCAGUGUUUGCCAAUGAUGAAACAUCAGUAAUGCUUUUAUACAGGGAAACUGAACUCUCACACUGUCAAAUGUUUAGCUGGUUUUUAAAAGUAUACUUAAGCUGCCAUUCCAACUGCUGAUUUUGCCUCAAUAUCAAUUGCAAAAGAAGUUAUCACAAAACAAACGAAUAGCCUGGCCUGAACCUUAGAGACAGGACCUGUCAGCCCCUGUUCUAUUCUACGUAAAGCUGUGAAAGAUUGCGUCAUUUAAAAUUUGUUCGUGAUUCAAAUAAGGUUUAAGAAGGACAAAAAUCAGGCUGCAUUCUAUAAUUCCCAAGAAGAAAGUGCCUUCUUAUGUCCACAGACACAUGUUACAUAGAGAAUAAUAUAUAAUAAAUUUGAUUUGUUCUAAGAAAUAAUGCAAAGGUCAGAGUCAUGGUGACAGAGAACUGCUGCCAUCAUCACAGUUUUAUUCCUAAUUCCACCAUUUCUAAGGCAUGAAAUGGUGAUGGGGUGAUACCUGUGAUUAAAGACUAAUAUUGUGAAGCAAAUGCAGUACUUCGCUUUUGGCCAGGGAAUAGGCUACAGUAAUCAAGAUAAUAUAAUCAAUAAUACUUUUUACAUAAUAGUACAGAUUUGCAAUACUAAAUAGCAUUUUUAGUAAGAGGUAAAACACAUCUUUGAAGUAGAAUACACAAACUCAUCAUGAGGCUCUGUAGCUGAAUACCACAUUCAUUCAUCUUUCCUCUCAUCGCUACAAGUUAGUUUCAGCUAAAUAACCAGCUAGUCUCACGCUUUAUCCAAAUUCCAGUAAAAUGUGAAAAAGCAAAAAAAAAAAAAAAAAAAAAAAAAAACCACCAAAAAACCUUUAGUCAUCUUCAACAUGCAUGGGUCUAUGAAUAAAGACUAUCCAGCAAGCAUUUAUUGUUAUUGGUAAUAAAUUCAUAUAAUGUUAUAAAAUUCAUUCCAUAAAUCUGGGCUUUUUAAUCAUAUCUACUAGACAGGUCAAUUUACCUGACAUCAUAUUUUGGAAUAGAACCAUACAUCAAGACACCAUGAUCUUGGAUGGUUAACUUGACACAGUGGCCUGCAAGGCAGUUUACAGACUUCAGUCAACUUUUUUUCAUCGGAUUUAUAAAGCAUUAGAACAGCACACUAAGCACAUAGUUUGAUAUUUCAACUGCGCUGGAAUUGGUUUUGAGUUUUGUCUGUCUCUGUACUGAUGUGCUGUUAAAUUCAUUUGCAACUGCUUUUUGUUGUUGGUGGUGGUGGUUUGUUUUUACAUAUGUGGGAAUUUUGAUGUAGUUUUCAGUACACCCAGCAGUGCCAUCUACACAGAUCACAGUGGAAAGCAUUGUGCAGAUCUUAGCACUCUGUACAUCAGGAAAUACCCAGACAGCAGCUGCUGCGCCGCACCACCUUUCUGUGGGGAUGUGAUGGUGAAGAGAAAAGAUGGUCCUGCGGCAUUUAAUUCAAAUUGAAACAAACAUUAAAAUAUUCCUUUGUGAA